UCAGUGGGAAUAGAGCUGGGAGUGUGCGGAGUCUGCAGGAGCAGUGCGGGACCUAUCAGAGGAGUGCGAACGUGUGCGUGGUUUAUGGGAAGAGUGGCGCGCGUGGGCCGGGUAUGCAGGCGUGCUUCUGGGUGAACAAGCUGCAUUUCCUCAGGAAUUGGUGGAGCUCACACCGACACUGGCAGCCUGACCUGAUUCAGACCCAAAGGUUUUAUCAGCGGCUGCACGAAUCGGGUCAUACUAGACCCAGGGGGACUGGUCGAUCUUGAGUGGGUCGCUCAGAAACCCGGGUUUGCCUGGCCGGCAGACAGUAGCUGCAACAGUCUGGUUGUGUGACCUAUUAAUUUUAUCCAGAGGAGACAGAUGUAACGAGAGUUGUGGGGGCGGGAAUGGCAGGGAAGAGAUUUGCUCAGUGCGGGCAGUUGUUUUGACCUGGAAUGUGAAAGGGGUUGGGCGCUGGAGCCAGCAAAUUCCUGACACACACCGAUAAAUAAUAUGUUGGUCCUGCAGAUUUGGAGUUACGUGGUGGAGCAGGGCAGAGGAAAUUGGUUUAACUUUGUUGCAUGUUGAUUUAUUUGUUUAUUGAGAGACACAGCAGCGUAACAGGAGCUUCCGGCCCAAUGAGCCCAUGAGACCAAUUGACCUACAAACCAGUCUGUCUUCGGACUGUGGGAGGAAACCGGAGCAUACGGAGGAAAUCCACACAGUCACGGGGAGGACGUGCAAACUCCUUACAGGCAGCGACGGGAAUUGAAACUGGGUCCCCAACCGCUACGUCAACGUGCCGCCCACGGGCCGUCUGUUUUUGGAUUUGGUGGUCCCAUUUUGGGAGUAUUCCCCGGCUGCUGGCGUGCAUUGGGAUUUCCCGAGGCCGGAAGAUGCGCUUGAAAAACACAGCAGAAGAUUGAGGGGGUGCGGCGACUUCAGUAUCUGGGACGUCCCUUCCCCCUUGGCCAACCGGUAUCAAAAUGGACGGUUUGUGCAGUCGUCGGAUCUGGAUGUGGACGGUAGAGUCAGUAUUUGCUACCCAGCCCUGCUUGUCACUGAGAUAAGAUGGGAACCUACAAGAAUGGCAAAUUUCCUCUCUGCUGGGAUUUAGUGAGGAUGCAACAUUGCCAGUUUUAUAAAAGUCUGCAUUACUGAAAUUCGCGGAACAUUACGUCCCUUGGGAUCUGGGUACAUUGCAUCGGGAAGAUGAAGUUCAGAGCAUACAUGAAGGUGUUAGCUCUUGCUUUGCUCCCACUCUCUGGGUUUCUGAUCCUGGCUUUCCGAAACCCUGCUGCUCGGAGUGAGAAGCCCAGCCACCUUGCGAGGGACAGCCUCCUGGAGCGGCCGAGAGGCAAGGGAGGAGACCCACCGGGGAGAGCGGGGGUGGACUUUGUGUCCUUGUUCAGUCCGGUCCACCAGCCUCCCCCCUGCCGGCCGUACCAGGACCUGAUGGUGCUGGUGACAUCGGCCCCGCUCCACGUUGACCGCCGGGACGCCAUCCGGGGGAGCUGGGCGCGGCGCCGGCUCUCCAGUCCCUUCUCCUGGCAGGUGGUCUUCCUGGUCGGCCGGGCCACGGAGCAGAGCGCUGAGGCCGCCGUCCAGGAGGAGCAGGAGAUCUUCGGGGACCUUCUGCUCGGCGACUACGUGGACACCUACCGCAACCUGACACUAAAGGUCAUGCACGGACUGAGCUGGGCCACCAGCGCCUGCCGACCCUCCUACAUCCUGAAGACCGACGACGACUGCUUCGUGAACACUGACCGUCUGCCCGGCUUCCUGGUGAGGGACAAUCCGAUUAGGACGGGACUCUACACGGGAUCGCUGUUCCCGGCCGAGCGCAGAGACGUGAUCCGCGACCCCGGCAGUAAGUGGUACGUGUCGCGGCAGGACUAUGGGAGGGAGCGCUACCCGCCCUACGCCAGCGGGGUGGGCUACGUAGUCUCCCUGGAUGCCGCCCGCGACCUGCUGGCGGCCGCCACCUCCAUCCGGCCCAUCCCCGUGGAGGACGCGUACGUCGGUAUCCUGGCGGAGGCAGCCGGCAUCACCCCGCAGGACAGUGGACGCUUCACCAAGCACAAUGUGAGCUGGCGGGUGUGUAACUAUAGGUACCUGAUGGUGAUCCACCAGCUCAGCGCCCAGCAGCAGCGCCUGGCCCACAGCAAGAUGGUGCAGGCGUGGACGGCGUGUCCCCACAGCACCGACAUCAGCAACUGGGACUGAAGCUGGCUGGCUGAUUCACAAAGUGGUCGAGUGGAAGGGAACCGAAACUUCGCUGUUCUGGGACUAUCAAAUGGUUCCUUAUUACGAUAGUCUGGGCUCUUGUCCUCACCGUCUGAUCAGCCAGUGAGUCUCGGCUGUUUAUUCUGCCUGACCUGCUGAGUGCCUCCAGCGUCUUGCGUGUGCUGCUCUGGAUUUCCUGCUCAUAAGAACGCAAUAAUAAAAACACUAAAUAUAAAUUCAUAAGACAGCCCAUAUACAUUGAUUCUAUGUCCAUAAAGUGACACUAGGCACAGGAGUGUCUGUGCUUAAGGUGACUGACAGGAAAUGAUAAAGUAGUGGUAGAGGGGGUGGGGUGGGGCAGGGCGGGUGGAGGUUACUGCUUGAGAAAUGUAACGGCCCUGGUGUGAAUGCCUUCUCCCUGAUGGGAGUGGGACAAGCAGUCCAUGAGCAGAGUGGGUCGGAUCCUCCAUCAUGUUCCUGGUCUUUUUCCCGCACCUUUCUGUAUACAGUAUAUGUGAAACCCCGCUGUUUUCCUGGCUGUAAGGAAUACUCAGUCUGGUCCCGCCAAACCCGUGAGACUGAGACGCCCCCCCCCCACCCCACCCCUAACCCCGGUUUGUGUGGAUCCUGUGUUGGUGCCUAGAAAUAACUGACAGCACACUACAUACGAUUAAAGGAUUUAUAUUUAUGAAUCUUAACUAAAGAGUGAGUAAAUAAAAGAGAGGAGUAAAACGAAAAGGCCCGUUAUAAUUGAACAGUCAAACGUGCACAAAUUGGAGCCCAACUCUCCCCAAAAUUCGUACUCA